CCAUGGGAGUGAGCCUCUCUGGAUAACCAGGGGCCAAGGCAAGGGUUUGCACCAUGCCUUUGAAGACCCACACUCCCUCCCAGCAAGCAGCGUUUUCGGGGAAGAGACUGGUAUUCACAGGCCCAGAUGCUCUAUGGGAUUACAGGACAAAGCAGCCUAAUUAUACACGCUACAUAGGAGCGACAUCUCCAGCACUAGAAGGCACAAGUGAUCUUGAUUAUCUAUUGCGGCCGUCUUCACACAAUCCUACUGUUCCAGCCCACAGACAUUGCUAUGCUGGAGAAAUUGGUUGGGGCGUAAGAGAAUUCAGUCAUCUCGGCAAGAGAAAUCUUCUCAGUGGCAUGCAGAUUACGAAUGGAUUAUUUCGUCAAGCUGCUGAAGAUAAGAGCACUCAUCGAUACCAAACUCCAUGGCAGCCUCCACCAGAUAUUCUUGACAAGCAAGGCAACAACGCCAGGUGUAGGCUUGCCUGGAAUUGGACAGACUAUGAGGACUACAGCCAUCAAAAGCAAGUGGAGUGCAGUGAGGGAGGCUAA